CAUAUGAUGUACCGUACGGUACGUAAUACCACUACUGUAUGAGGAAUGUACGAGUAAACCUUACAUGGUACGGCCUACYGGUAAGUACCAAGUACUGUUGUUUUCAUGUUUACGGGAGACCCAACAAGCAUCUUCGAAGCACUGCAGCUUUGCUAUUCGUUGAAUUCCGCACAACCAAAUGCCGCACACCAGAUGCAACGAAAGGAUGAAGAGAAGCAGGCUUGGAAAGUACUUGUCKUCAACGUCUUCUGCCGCAAUAAGCCUGCUCGUCGUCGGAAGCAUACUCGUCUCGUUGACGUCGGUAACCUUCCACUACAAGUCUGCGGAUCUGGCACCGAAACAACAGCAGCGGGAGAACGAGGAACAGUCGUUUGGCCCGCCCAUAGCAGCGACGGAUAGGCUCUCUCGAYGGAAGAAUGCUACCUCUCCGGCUCUCCRUGCCUCGAACGCAGAGAGGAUCGAUGCCUCUGAACCACCAACKGGAGCACGGGCUGCGAACCACGCUGUGCCCGGCAAUGAUCGAAGCAACAACACGGAGSACUCGUCGUCCUCCGUCUCGCCGGCAACCAGUGGUGCCGACACCCCGGGAAGGGAGCCCUCACGUACCAAAGCGGAAGAGGCGGUAGCACCCACCGAGACCAAUGGGUGCCUKGGGCAMCUGAAUUCAAGGUCUUGGUUGGAAUCCGAACGCUUGGGAAACCAGAACAUCAGCGACUCCCGUUCCAUCGACAACCACUACGUAAUGUCUUCCAUUCUGGGGAUACCCUCUCUCCUCUCCGGCGACGAGACGCACUCCCGGUCCAUCCUGCGGCAAACCCUGUGCGCGGAGAGCUCCCGGUUUUUGAAUCUCCGGUUCUCGGCGAGCCAAGGCGCCGGCAUCGGGAACGACCACGGGCCUUUUGGACCCGGUUCCGAGGCCGAUCCGUUUUCCUACAACAACCGGACGGUCCGGGCUCUGUCGCUGCGCCUCAUGUACCUGUCCGUGCACGUUCACCAACACCGACACGCCAUCGAGGAAGCCGGGCACCGGGCGAAGCACCCGGAGGCCUGCGAGCGCGACAUGGCAUCGAACCGCGUCGGGCCCUUCGACUUUGAGUGCCCCGCGGCGAGGUUUCUGGUGGUCCCCCUCAAGCACAGCGGCCUGGGCGGCCAGGCACGGCUGGUCGCCGCAYCGGCGCUCAUGGCGGGCAUCGCCACCGACCGGGUCGUGGUCUUUGCGAACGGYACACCGGUGGGACCACGGUUCCUCCGGGAACGGUGGGACCUGGCGUCGUGCCCCCGGGGGGACAAGCAAUGCUUCUUUCUCCCGGACACGCCCUGCGUCCCMACCCUCCGCGAGCUGGAGAACGCGGCCGUUYUGGGCAAGCCCGAGCGCCGGGCCCUCUUCAAAACGGGGGAGCUCCCGGAAAACUUCCGGAACGACCGCGUCGUGGUGAUGAACAUGAUCGACCGGCCGYMGCGGGAACCCGCAAACUUUCGCGGCAGGCUCUCGGACACCGCGAGGCGGUUCCUGAUCGACCCGCUCGCARAGAGAAAUCCCGACGAUCCCCGCCUCCGCCUGCUSUACGAGGCGGCCGAUCACAUCCUCGAAGAGGACGAGGCCAUUGGGGAUUCCUUUUUCUACUUUGGACGGAACUUCCGGGCCCAACACGCCAUGGUCUUUUUUGCGCUCCGGCCGAGGCUCGAAUACGCGGAGCGCAUCGACGCCGUCCUGGAGGCCGCACUGGGCGUCAACCACAGGACCGACCUCGCGCUGGGGCUCCCGAUCCGGGCCUCGGACAAGUGCAUCGACGAGAGCGAGUGCCCGUCCUUCGAGACUUACGUGUCGCUCCUGCAAACCGUUUGGGAGACCAACGCACAAAAGCUCGCCGACGACCGCAAUCGAACGACGCUAGGUUCUUCGGAUCAGAUACAGGCAACGACCGCUGCAGGGCCACCGAACCCGCACACCGACAUCAUUCUGACCACYGAAUCGCCGGAGGUUCUGAAAGCGCAAAAAGAAUUCGAGGAGCAAACCGCCAGCGGAAACCACGGCCAUCUUUCCUUUCCCUACAGGUUUGUGACGAACCCGUUCGAUGUGCUUCCCAACACCGGAAACCCCCAAAAACUAGCACUKGCCGGUUACAAACACAACCGGGAAGAAGUCAUUCUGUCCUCGCUCGCGUCGCUCAAGAUGCAGUUCUACGCCAAGUACACGGUCGGGAAUUGCUGUAGCAACCACCACCUCUUGCUGUUCGAUUACCUKGUCGAGGGAUGCGGGGCGGGRGACCUCGACCACGUCCCGACCUGCAUGCAGGACCACGACGACCCACGGUUUCGGAUCUGCUGCGGCUGGACCAAGACAGAGGAGUGCCUCGCRAAGCGGUCCGAGCGGGAAGCACUAAAAACGCAGAAAGCCGGCAUCAACAAAACUGCUGCAGAUUUGUUCCCGAGCCCGUAAUCCGGCAGCAACCAGRCCGAACGAAACACUWRAGACCACCAGGUAUUGCACCGCAACACCAAACUUAUAAAUAUGCGUUCUUUUA